CGUGCGAGCUGCAGCGGCUCGGACUCCGAGGGGCAGAGCCAGGGCCGGGAGCCGCCGGGGGCACGGCUCGGGAGAGCGGGCCCCACCAUGAGGCUCCAGCCCCAUUGGAGCCCCCGUGCUCCCCUGGCUCCCGGCACACUGUGCUAGCCCCCAGCCAGGGGGUGGCGAGGCACAGCGGCCAUGGCCAGCCACGUGGACCUGCUGACGGAGCUGCAGCUGUUGGAGAAGGUGCCGACGCUGGAGCGGCUGCGGGCCGCCCAGAAGCGCCGGGCUCAGCAGCUGAAGAAGUGGGCACAAUAUGAACAGGAUCUGCAGCAUCGCAAACGCAAACAUGAACGGAAGCGCAGCACCGGCGGCCGCCGCAAGAAGGUAUCCUUCGAGGCCAGCGUUGCCCUGCUCGAGGCCUCCCUGAGGAACGACGCCGAGGAAGUACGCUACUUCUUGAAGAACAAGGUCAGCCCUGAUCUGUGCAAUGAAGACGGACUCACGGCCCUGCACCAGUGCUGCAUCGACAACUUUGAGGAAAUUGUCAAGCUGCUCCUUUCGCAUGGUGCCAACGUGAAUGCCAAGGACAACGAGCUGUGGACGCCCCUGCACGCUGCAGCCACCUGCGGCCACAUCAACCUGGUGAAGAUCCUCGUUCAGUAUGGGGCCGACCUACUUGCUGUCAACUCCGACGGGAACAUGCCCUAUGACCUCUGUGAGGAUGAGCCCACCCUGGAUGUCAUCGAGACCUGCAUGGCGUACCAGGGCAUCACCCAAGAGAAGAUCAACGAGAUGCGGGCCGCCCCCGAGCAGCAGAUGAUCGCCGACAUCCACUGUAUGAUUGCUGCGGGCCAGGACCUCGACUGGAUAGAUGCCCAGGGUGCCACGCUGCUGCACAUAGCUGGCGCCAACGGAUACCUGAGGGCAGCUGAGCUCCUCUUGGACCACGGUGUGCGCGUGGACGUCAAGGACUGGGAUGGCUGGGAGCCCCUGCACGCAGCUGCCUUCUGGGGACAGAUGCAGAUGGCAGAGCUGUUGGUGUCCCAUGGGGCUAGUCUCAGUGCCAGGACAUCCAUGGAUGAGAUGCCAAUAGACCUGUGUGAGGAGGAGGAGUUCAAGGUCCUGCUGCUGGAGCUCAAACACAAGCAUGAUGUGAUCAUGAAGUCGCAGCUGAGGCACAAGUCAUCCCUGAGCCGGAGGACGUCCAGCGCGGGCAGCCGAGGGAAGGUGGUGCGGCGAGCCAGCCUGUCGGACAGGACCAACCUGUACCGGAAGGAGUAUGAGGGAGAAGCUAUUCUCUGGCAACAGCGGAGUGCGGCUGAGGACCAGCGGACCUUGACCUACAAUGGGGACGUCAGGGAGACCAGGACGGACCAGGAGAAUAAGGACCCUAACCCCCGGCUGGAGAAGCCCGUGCUACUCUCUGAAUUUUCCACCAAGAUCUCCCGGGGUGAACUGGACGGGCCUGUGGAGAAUGGCCUCCGGGCCCCGGUCAGCGCCUACCAGUACGCGCUGUCCAAUGGGGACGUGUGGAAGGUGCACGAGGUGCCUGACUACAGCAUGGCCUAUAGCAACCCUGCCCUGGCCGACGCCACACCGCCCUGGGGUGGCUACAAGGAGCAGAGCCCCCAGACGCUCCUGGAGCUGAAGCGGCAGCGGGCCGCAGCCAAGCUCCUCAGCCACCCGUUCCUGAGCACGCACCUGGGCAGCAGCAUGGGCCGGGGUGGGGAGAGCAGCAAUGAAGGCAAGGCCCCAUUGAUCGGAGGCAGAACUUCACCAUACAGCAGCAACGGGACCUCGGUGUAUUACACGGUCACCAGCGGAGACCCGCCUCUCCUGAAGUUCAAGGCCCCCAUGGAAGAGAUGGAGGAGAAGGUCCACGGCUGCUGCCGCAUCUCCUAAACCCUCAUCUCUGUGCACAGAGGAGAGAGUUGCCUGGGGGAGGGGGCAGUCUCCAGAUCCAGGCCAUCCCAACUGCCCUGGCUGGGGAAGCAUGGGGAGGCGGCUGGUGUGGGGGGACGUGGGCUCUGCCUUCCAGGGUAAUGCUGACCUGCACCCUUCCUCCAGCUGCCCAUAGCACCCCUACUCCCUAUGAUUCUGCUUCCUGCUACGUUGUCUGCCCUCUGAAACACAGUGGCCUGCCGACCCUCCCUGCUGGCCCGUUUGGGGACGGCAGGCUUGGGAUCCAGCUCUGGUCUUGGUGAAGGCUUCUCGGGACCAGUGCUGUCUUUCACACCUGUGCGCACGCACACACACACACACACACACACACACACACGCACACACGUGCAAGAUGACUCACUGGGACUCACGGGAAGCAGGUGGAGCUGAGUGAGCAGUUGUGGGCUGUUCUCAUAAGGAUUGUGCUGAAGGCUUCAUGUCCCAUGACUGCUGUCUGAGUGGCAAGGGGCCUAUCCAUAGAGCUGAGUCCCAGGGUAUAACUGAGUCAUGCCAGGGACUGACACCAUCCACACCUGGCAGGGGGAGGAUGUCCUGGCAGGGGGAGCCUGGCAUCCUCAGGUCAGGGUCAGGUGAGAUGGAUACAGGCCUGCUCCACACAGCUACCCUCCCACCUGUGCCAAAGCUGGGAGCUGUGGGACUACCCUAGGGGCUGGGUGGCAAACCAGGCAGUUCCACUCACUGGACUAAACUCCUAUUGUGUAUACCCUUGGGUGGAGGGAUUGGGGCAGUGCAGAAGUGUGCAAAGUCAACAUUUCCCCUCCUGCUUUUGGUAUAGACAACUGGUCUAGGCUGUAAACUCAGGUGGGAGGCAGCUGGCUGGGCCACCUCCUCUGUGGGUUUGCCUGGCUGGUGUUGGAAACAGAACCUAAGGGAGCCAUUUAUUCCCAGGGAGCCAGGGGAAGUGUGUGUGAGUUAAUCUCUGAAAUCCCCUCUGGCCCAUCUUUGUGACUGUUCAGAUUACUUCAUUCUGUCCCAGGCCCACCAGCCAGCCAGCCAGCCAUCCUCACACUGAGCCACCAUCCAGCAGUCUGGGGCCAUCUGCGCCCAUCUCCCUCCAACCACACUCAACAUCCAUGUGUGUACAGGGAGUGCCCAGGAUCCCAGCCCAGAUUUGCCUUUUCUGGAAUGUUCAGUGAGACUAGUUGACUAUUUGGCUCUUGUGAAUUUCCACCUGGCCCAGGGGCUCCCAGCUGUUGCUCCUGUCAGCUAUAUCCUGGGUGCCUAUGGCCAACAUCCUGUACCAACUUCAGGACAACUGUGGCAAGGAUGGUGUGGGGUCUCACCCAGCUCUGUGUGCCACAGCCUUGGUCUUCCCCCACAUGGGACAGGCUGCCCAUACACCACUGCAUUCUCAUGUGAGCCCCUUCGAAAUUGUUGCUUAUGACUCUGGCGCUGUCCACAGGUCCAGGCAAAACCUUUCGGUGGAACUAACAUGCUAUGGGUUUGAUCCCUGCUCUGUGCGCCUUCUAUUUGUCCUAAAACUACCUCCUUAAUGCUCUGAAGGGCCACCUGGGUCCAAAUUCUAAUUAGGGGAGCUGGUCUGGGUCCUCUGGAACCCACUUCCCUCUGAACCUGGGAGAAAUUCUCCCUGAGGGGCACCCAGGCCAAGGGGCUGGGGCUGAACAGGCACCCAUUGGGCCGCAGCCCUAGCCACAGGGGCUGCUGUCAGUCUGCUGUGGUUCCCGUGGCCCCUGGAGCCAGAGAGGGAUCUGGGCCUGAGAGCAGUGGGCUAAUGGAAGUGAUGGCUGCUGCAUAUAGGGAGGGCCUCACAGCAUCAGGCCAGAGUCCCUUCCCAUUCCCCAUCCCCUACCCCAGCAGGACAGGUGUAGUGCAGGGUGGAAGAAUGGAUCAGGAGAGUGGAGACUGGUAUCCACGAGGCCUCCUAGGACCUGGGGUCUGGGGCAGGUUCUGCAUCAUUCUCAGUCUGUAGCUGGGCUGAUCCAAAACCGUGCUUAGCUCACAGACCAACACCGAAGUCUCUCUCAAGUAGCUGACUUGAGCUCCAGGGUGGGGAGCACCCAAGGAAAGCUACAGGUGUGUCAUCGUUUUGCUGCCGUGUGUUUAUGGGGUGGGGAGAAGGGCAGAGACUGUGGGCACCUGCUGCCUUCCUUGAGCUUCCCAAACCAUUACCCCCUUCCCUGCCUUCUUUCUGCCUCUGGGGCCAAUGCCUCUCCUCCUGCUGGGCUGGAGGCGACCUCAGGCAGAGGCAUCAGGGACAGACCAUGCCCGGUGGGUGAAACCUUGAAGAAGGAGCCGGGAGCAGUGAUGGUCACCUGCAACAUCCCAGACAGGGUCAGCUGCUGCAGAGAGAAGGGAAACUGCCCUCUCCAGUUUCCAGCCUCCACGGACUAUGGGUAAGCAGAGUGAUUGCUCCCCGGUGCAGCAUCCUUGUUCUUCUCAGCUCCUAGAAUCAGAGCGUGAGUCCCUUGAACUGGCCAAAAGCCAUCACAGUCACAAGGGUAAGCGUUUGCCACGAGUGCAAAAGCUGAGUCCUGGGUUACAGGCAGACUCCACCCCUAAUCUUUCUAGCACUUCUGGGGUAGCUGCCUUUCUGGCACACUCUCUGUAUAAAAUAGUCGAUUCUUCUAGAAGAACCAGAAGUCUGCAGUUUUGCUGCCAAGUGUAUUUUUGGGUUCUUGAAGUCCUUGUUUUUUGCUUGUCUCCCUGACCCCACCAGUGGAUACUGGGAGGAAAGGCAGCUUCUCCUUUGAUCCUAAGCCUCUCGUGGCUCUUACCCUCUCCCUGGCAGGUGCAGGCUAAGGAGCUGGGAGAAGCCAAAAGGGGGCCAUCAAAGACCCCAGUAAAGCAGGUGCCCAUGACCCAUUGCAAGCUCUGGCCCUUGCCCUCACUCACCAUCUGCUCUAAACAAUUGCCAAACAGUGGCUCUUGACAGUACUAGUCAGUUUUAGGGGCUUAGAAAAGCUCUCAAGGGCAUAGUCCCUGUCCCCACCCACCACUGCGUGCUGACCUGAGGCCACCUUAGUUCUUGGCAGCAGGUACCUUGCCACCCUGAACUCACUCUCUCACAUGCUCUCCGUGAGCAGCAAGCAGUGUACCAGGGAACCUUCCAGAAGGGCACUCUUUCUAUAUCCCCAAGGAGGACUGUAUUUUUAGCUCUUACUGUUUGUAGCCUGGGGCUAGCCUCUUUGCCCCAGGGCACAUAAGAAUGGAAGGUCAUGUGGCCGGUGGACAGUACAGAAGUGACCCUCCUCUACCAGAAGCCACAGCCCCUCUCCUUGCCAGGAGUCUCGUUGGCCAGAGGGCCUGCUUCUUGUCCACGGUCGUCGCAAGUGCCACUGUGCGGGGCCUGGCUCUGCACACCCAGGAAGAGUCUGCAGACCCCAGCCCUCCGCAAUAACUCACCAGACCAGAAGCCACUGAUGUACAGAGAACACUUCAGAAAAAAAAAAAAAUAUUUUAUGUGGAAAAAAAAUUACAACUCUGUAUACUGUAUCAGCAGCUUUGUGUAAAAAAUGGCAAUCAAAGAGAGUCUAAUAUAUUUAAAACUUUUUUUUUUUUUUAAAAGAAACCCUUGUGGACCUUUGGUAUUAUAUUAAAGCAACUCCCAGGUGGCAGCUGGGGGAUGGGGGGACCUUACAUCCCAGACCGCAACCCGGCCACACACCGAAGGGGCAGGUGACCCCACAGUUGCUUCCGGCUGCCAAGGCCUGCACUGGAAUUCACUGUUAAAGAGUUUUUAAUUAAGAUUAUUAAAUUCCUUUUAAUAACA